CCGCCUUUACAACGAGAGGAAGAAGAACAAUAACAAGAAGAAGAAGGCGGAGGACUUUCGUGGCUCAGUGAUUGAUCACGGCUGUUGGGCUCUCGUGAAUGGGAACGUGCGGACACAGGAACAGUCUGUCGGUCACUUUACAUAUGUUUUGAUUCCCGAAAGUUACUGUAAAAUGUCGGCUUCAACACCGCCUGUGGGUGGCCAUUAUGUUUUUCGUCCACGUGAAUUUGAAGAGUUGUCGUCGGAAAACCAGAGGCGAUGGCAUAUUCCUCAGCCUGUCCACGGAGCAAGGCAGACCCCACUACAGCACCAGCAACACCGGUCCUUGGCACCACACAUAAAGCAACCAUCACUGCAGCCUCUGCUUCUGCUUCCUCUUCCGUCUCUGGUCCUGCCUCUGCCUUGUCCUCUGCCUUUGCCUUGAGCAGCUUGUCCUUCAAAGGCUUGUGUCUGUUCCAUCUGCAGUUUGAUGGCAGCCGGAACCGACUUCGACCUCCCAGUGAUCCCAGGACCAGAUGGCCCCAUGUGGAUGACCCCACCACCAGAGAGCCUCAGCUGGACGACUGUGAGAGGAUGGGGACUCUGUUUGGGAUGCUCAACAAGUGUCUGCGGGGGUUGGGCUUCAGCCAGAUGUACUUAGGGGACAAGAUCGUGGAGCCAGUCGUGAUUGUCUUCUUCUGGCUGCUGCUCUGGUUCCUAGGUUUCCAAGCUCUGGGACUGGUGGGAACUCUGUGCAUCAUCAUCAUUUUUAUUCAGAAGUAAUGAGAGCUGACAACCAGAGUGGAGUCAGCAGUUUUCUUUGGUUAAUGCUUACACAUGCAGGACUCGUGGAUGUUUGGAUUGGACUCUGCAGUGGGUCUGUGCUUUUAGGUGGUGGGGGAACUGUGGAGAGGGCUGUAUGACUGCGUAGUGAUGGUGGCUUAGCAGGUUUCUAGAAACAGUAUGAAGCUUGUUCAGUCAGUGUAAAUCCAUUUUUCAGGAGUAUGUGAAGCGGAGCCUCUGUAAGAGGGGUGCAGCUGUCCUGCUGCCUCUGGUUUUGUAAUCAUGACUUAAUAGUAUUAAUCGGUGAAGAAGGAGACAUUGUGAUGAAAUGGCUUCUUUCUUUUUUAGUCAUGGGCAGAAUUAAGGCCAGGAUUCCCAGCACCCAUGAAACAUGACUGCACACAUCUGCAUCCAGUGUUCCACUUAGAAAAAGAUCAUAACAUACAGAAUAUUAAUGUGAUGUGCAGGGGCAGCAGUAAUAGGACUCCAAUAAAAAAAAAAAAAUCCUAAGAAAGCGUCUCAAUGUUAGUACAUGUUAUGUGAAACAGUGCUGUCAGAAGUUUAUUUUGUGAUCAAAAUUAGCAAUGCACAAUAUAUUGACAGCUGAUAAAUGAGACAUGUAGAAAAAUAAUUGUUGUUAUUGCUCCAACAAUGGAAUUUCAGCUGGUAAUUGCAUCCAGUGAUUGAGAGACUUUAUGCUAUGUGUGAAGAGGGAUGCCAUCUGUAAAACCUGGCUCGCCUUUCUAAAAUUACCUCCUCUGUUCUCUGUGUUGGUGCCUGUGCUUGGUUGAUUGCCUAACGCCCACUAUCAGAUAACACAGGUAAUUAUCACAUGUUUUUAUCAGCCCAGGAAUUGCACACCGAUGCACCUCAAAUACAGGCUGUGAUGUCAGGAAUGUCAAGUAUGCAAUCAUAAAUUGGGAUAAAACUCCCAUUUAAUUUUGGGAAAUAAAGAACGACACGGUUUUGACGAGUUCUAGCUUGUCAAUACUGAUAGAAUAUGAUUAUCAUAAUAUCUCACUAGAAACUACUGUUUUUGUCUGUGUAACAUUUCAGUUAUGCAUUUGUCUUAACCUGUCUGUCCUAACUGUCUUAAACUCCCUCCUAAACCAUCAUGUCAUCAUACUCAAAAUCCUUUUAAGGUUUAUCUUCUGAAAGCCUUCACAAACUCAGCUGUUGUUAGUUAUUACAUAAGGAAUAUGUUCACAGUCACAGAAAUCCAAAGCCUAACACUGACAACUUAAGUAUUGUACUUGUUGUGUUAGCUGCCUAUUUUCAUUGGUGUGAACGUGUAGUUUUCCUCAAGCUGUUAGUCCGUGUUGACCAAAGCCACCAACCUUUUUCAGUGUAACCAACUUGUAACCAAGUGUACAAGUUCCCUAAAGAUAAUUAAUCACAACAAAUGUACCUUAAGAAAUAUUUGCAUAUCUAACAGUAUGGGAGUAUCCAAAGAUUAGGCUGUUGUUUGCUCUGACUUUGAGUUGUUCUUUUAGUCUCAGGCUGAACAUAUUUUACCUUUCUGUUAUUAUUACAUUUUGCUGAUGGGUUAUUCAGGUGUGCAGGUGUCCAGGUUAACUGACCUCACACUGCUGUAGAGUAACAGAGCUGUAGUCGUACCACUGAAUUUGAAGUUUACUACUGAGUAUAAAAGGUUUCCAGUGGAAACGUCACCAGUGAUGGAGAUGCACAGUAUGUUCACCAAUGACUUACUGUAGCAAUGCUUCAUUUAUCCUUGAUUUUUAAGAAAGUAGAAUCAGUUGUUCUGAACAUAAAUUAUUGUUUAUAAAGUGUUUGCACUGAAAGCUUUAUGCAUACCUACAAAAGAAAUAUUGGAUCAAAAUGUAUUGGAAUGUCUAUGAUUAAAAAUGAGCAUUCCUAAAAA